UGUGUGUUGUCAGCUGACAGGCAGCAUCUCGGGGAGCCGUCACAACACCACCUUGCCUGCUGACAGCAAGCUAGCAGCUCCUAGGCGAGGCUCUAAUUCGGACCGGGGUGGGUUAUGUUUCCCGGAGCCAGAACCGUAGACGGAGGUUUGUGCACCACCAACCCAUGGCGGCCGAAAUUCAGCCCCAACCGCAGGCUCGGAAGCCAUGUCUGCUGAGCAAAAUCGAGGCUUUCCAAGAUGUGGUUAGCACGGCGGUCAUCAUCCCCAAGGAAGACGGAGUUAUCAGCGUGUCUGAGGACAGGACGAUUCGGGUGUGGCUGAAGAGGGACAGCGGUCAGUACUGGCCCAGUGUCUACCACACUAUGUCAUCAUCAAGCUCCUGUAUGUCCUUUAACCCAGAGACCAGGAGGCUGUCUGUGGGGAUGGAUACUGGAAGCAUCUGUGAGUUCAUCCUGUCAGAAGACUACAAUAAGAUGACCCCAGCACGCACCUACCAGGCGCAUCAGGGCAGAGUGGCAGUGGUGCUGUUUGUGUUGGAGAUGGAGUGGCUUCUGAGCACUGGCCAGGACAAAAACUUCACCUGGCACUGCUCAGAAAGCGGCCAACAGCUUGGGACAUAUCGAACCGCCGCCUGGGUUUCAGGACUACAGUUUGAUGUGGAGACCAGACACGCCUUCGUAGGGGACCAGUCUGGUCAGGUGACCAUCCUGAAGCUUGAGCAGGACAGCUGCAGCCUGGUCACCACGUUCAAGGGACACACUGGCAAUGUGACGGCGCUGUGUUGGGACCCGGUCCAGAGGGUGCUGUUCUCCGGCAGCUCAGACCACUCCAUCAUCAUGUGGGACAUCGGAGGACGCAAAGGCACCGCCAUCGAACUGCAAGGACACAAUGAAAAGAUUCAGGGUUUGUGCUACGCCUCACACACUCGACAGCUCAUCUCCUGCAGCUCGGAUGGAGGCAUUGUCAUCUGGAACAUGGAUGUAACACGACAAGAGACCCCAGAGUGGUUGGACAGUGACUCCUGUCAGAAGUGUGAGCAGCCUUUCUUCUGGAACUUUAAACAGAUGUGGGACAGUAAGAAGAUCGGCCUACGACAGCAUCACUGUAGGAAGUGUGGCCAGGCGGUGUGUGGAAAAUGUUCGUCCAAACGCUCCACCAUCCCCCUCAUGGGCUUCGAGUUCGAGGUGCGUGUGUGUGACAGCUGCCACGAGUCCAUCACCGACGAAGAUCGAGCGCCCACAGCCACCUUCCACGACAGCAAGCACAGCAUUGUUUACAUGCACUAUGAGCCCACCACUGGAAAUCUGCUCACCUCUGGCACUGACAAGGUUAUCAAGGUCUGGAUGGGAACAAACAGUAUCUGUUGUAUUCACAGGUCUCAGAUAAGACAUUCAAGCACACACAACAACAUUUAAUGGAGUCACUCCUCAGCAGAGUGAGUUUUCAGCUCUGCCAAGAAGCUAUGGGACAUGAGUCCUGUGGUGUCCUGAGGUCUGUGGGCGACCAGCAGUCAGCGGGGAAGCUCUGUUCACCAAACUGUGAUGGUGGCAGUCGCACUUGGAAGAGAAAGAGAGAAGCAUAUCCAACAAUAUCGAUGUCAUCUGGAUAAUAUUUAACAGUUAUUCAACAACAAGCAGUGGCUGUUGCACAUUCACAGUGAGGACACUGCAGGCCAGUGGAGCCUGGGAACAGGACAGGCUUUGGUUGACACAAGGUUAUAGACGGUUGUGAGUGUUUGUUUGUUAGAAGGGUGCUGUUGCGUGGGGGAUCUCUCUGUGUAUAUGUGUGUUUGGAAAGGGUUGAGGGCAUUUGACUUUUUUACACGACUUAUGUACUUAAUUUUCAUGCAUUCCUGUCUGAUUUCAUACUGGAAACUCACAAAACAGUAAGUGAAACAUUUCUGCCCUGUGUCAGCAGAUGCCA